GGAUUCUAAAUCCUCCACAGGUUCCCCAGCAAGACAUAAAUGAAAUCCCCCGGGGGGGGACUGGGACCGGCCCCCCCGCGCAGCUCCAGGUUGCAUCAUGCCGGGGAACUUUGCUCCAAUGAGCGGCCCGCGUUGUGCUUUUGAGGGGGGAGAAAGGGAGACGACGGGUGCAGCGCUGCUCGCCACCAACAGGACGAGAUUCAAAAAGGAGAAAGAAGAGGAAGGAAAAGGAACGAACCCACCGGCAGCAAGAGGCAACACCGCCGCUUCCUUACGCCGGACCCCCCCAGCCAGACACCCACCGGGAGCUUUUGGGGGAGAAACACGCUCCUCCCGGGAAAGGGAAUCCGUGUCUCGCUGCAUUUGUCACGGCGGGAGAAAAGGGGGGCGCUCGAGCCGGUCCCUCUCUCCCUCGAGGACGCGACCCCGCUGGAGCGCAAAGGACAACAAUGGACUGCGGCUCCGCCGGGGACUCGCAUGGGGAGGAGAGGGUCUCGAACCCGGUCCUCACUUCUCUGUUUGUCCGUUAAGCACCGUGCCGGGAGGGAGGGAGGGAGAGAGUAGGGAGAGAGGGGGGGAGAGGUGACCGAGCGCGAUGCCCGCGCGGAACAGGUACAACCUGGUGGACGACGUCAAGGACUCGAGGUUGCCGCUGCACAACGACGAGGCGUACCACCAUGGCAUCUCCUUCCAGGCCAAGUACGUGGGGUGUCUGGACGUGCCCAGGCCCAGCAGUCGGAUGGAGAUCGUGGCCGCCAUGAGGAGAAUCCGGUAUGAAUUCAAGGCCAAGAACAUCAAGAAGAAGAAAGUCAACAUCGUGGUGUCUGUGGACGGAGUGAAGGUGCUGCUGAGGAAGAAGCAGAAGAGGAAAGAGUGGACGUGGGAUGAGAGCAAGAUGCUGAUCAUGCAAGAUCCCAUCUACAGGAUUUUCUACGUGUCACACGACUCCCAGGACUUAAAGAUCUUCAGCUACAUUGCAAGAGACAGUUCCAAUAAUUCCUUCCGAUGCAACGUGUUCAAGUCAAAGAAGACGUCACAGGCCAUGCGCAUUGUGCGCACAGUGGGUCAGGCCUUCGAUGUGUGCCACAAGCUCAGCCUGCAGCACGCUGAGCAGGACGCCGACGGACAGGCGGACGGAGAGAGUGACAAGUCCGCCGAGGAGUCCAGCAGCGACGGUCGUAAGCUGACGGGGGCGGAGCAAGGGGAGGAGGAGGAGGAGGAGGAGCAGGACAGCAAACGCGGAGGAAGACAAGGGGGCGAAGAUCCUUCAGCUGGCACCUCCCUGUGCGAAAGGGCCGUGGGGGAAAUUCUGCAAAGCCUGGCAGAACUGAAGGUGGUCAAACCGGGACAGACCAUCAUAGACUUUGAUCGAAGGUCCCUCUUCACCGUGACGUCCCAGGGCGUUUCUCCCAGCAGCCCUUGCUCUCGCUCCCUCACUCCGCUGGCGUCGCAGCACUUCCUGCAGCUCCUGCAGCAGCAGCUGCAGCAGCAGCAGCAGCACACGCAGGUGGCCGUCGCGCAGGUGCAGCUGCUGAAGGAUCAGAUGGCGGCCGAGACCGCCGCCCGCCUGGAGGCUCAGGCGCGCGUCCACCAGCUGCUGCUGCAGAACCGGGACCUGCUGCAGCAUCUGGCCCUGCUGGUGCAGCAGCUCAAAGAGCUGGAGGCCCGCUCCCCGAAAACGCAGCCGGGGCAGCCGCGGCGGGAGCCUCCAGGUAGUCAACAGUCGCUGUGCAGCUCCGCGUCCACGGCGGCAAAGGCCCUGUCUCUGAAUCUGAAGAAUCACCACGGCCAGACCCUGGACCAGCUCAUCACCUCCACACCUGCGUGGCCGCGCCAGACCGCCGCCCAGGCGGACUGCGCCGAGUCCUACCUCAACCUGCUCAACCUGGAGAACGGAACCGACCCGCCCGCGCCGGUCGGCCGGGAGCUGGAGCCCUUCGUCAGGGCCAAUGGGACGGCGGACACCAAGGGGGGCUCGUGCAAUGAGAUCGUCCCGUUCACGUUGAGGAACUCCGCCAGCAUGGAUGAGAAGUUCAUGAUCCCCAAACUCGACCCUCCGCCCGCCAUGAGCCGCAAGCGGGCCAGCAGGGCGCUGUCUCUGUGCUCGGAGGUCACGGCCGGCGCCAAGCCCGGGACGGGCGCCGCUAACAACGCCGGGACCCCCGGCGGCCUCUCGUUCCCGGACGUCACCCCGGGCUCGCUGCGGUCCGACGACUUCCACUCCCUCAGCAACGGGGAGAGCAGCUCCUGCUCGGCCAGCGAGGAUUCGGGCGUCCGCUCCGAGACCAGGUCGCUGCUGCUGCUGCUGUCGCCGCCGCGCGGCGACGACGGGGGCGAGGAGGAGGACGACGACCCGUUUGGGGACGGCGGGACAUUUUUGACGGCGAACAGCGGCAGCCCGGCGGAGGAGAGAGACAGAGCCGCUCGCUUCGAGUCCGAGUCCUUCUCCGCGCCGGGGGACGACACCUGCCUCCACAUCAGUUUCUCUGAGGACGAGCUGCUGGAGAGCAACCAGGAAGACCCCAAGGCCCCUCAGCGGGGUUAAGAGGGUCAGCCCCGCCCCCUCCGGCCCCCCGGACCCUCCCAGACCUUUCGCUCUGUCCUUCUAUCUGCUUCAAAUGCAAUACUUUCUGUCUGACCCCCCCCCCCCGUCUCUGCUCCGGGCUCCAUUUCAAGACUUUUCACGUGUGACACAGCGCAGCGACGCCGUGUGCUGGUUACUGAAAAAUAAUCUAUUGUAUAAAUGAGCAGCCGCUAGACAGAUUUAGUAUUUUUGUAAUUAAAUGAAUUAUCUAAUUUUUUCUUUUUAGCGACUAGAAUGUUAAGCAGAAAACAUGUAGCAAUGUUUGCACUGUUAAUGUCACGCUUUAAGUUACCGUAGGAUUCAACUUAAAUGAGGGAACACAUUUUUAUUUUUACUAGCAGUCAACCGUAUCAUUAUACAUAUUUUUUUUUAGUAUGACGCUUGGCUGUGGUGCAAACUCCUUUUCUGCAUAUUUCACAGUGAAAUCGUGACGAUCACGCACAGGCUGGUGAUGUUGGGAAGAGCCUCGGACCGGACGAUGGGUGCAAAGGAAGGAACAAGGAAGUCAGAAAAGAGAUAGAAAUGAGACAGACAGUAUUUUUUUUUUUUGAAGCCGCACUGCAAAGAUCUACAUGUUGUGUGCUGCACGGCACUGAUGCUGAAUGUAGCACAGUUGUAUCUUCCAAAAUCAUGAAAAAAGAAAGUGAAAACUAUUUUUGUGCGGGAACAAAGCAAAUCCUCAUAAAGUCGAGCCAACAGAGUUAUACUGUAUACCUGUGCAUGUAUAACCUACGGCAAUUAUAUGACUAUUCGCUCAGUUUUGAGACAAAAAUGAUUUUUAAAAAUAGUUUUAUAAGAUAAUGAAAUCAAUUAUUUAUUACAUCCCUUUUUUCAAUUAUUUUUUUUUUUAGAAGCAAGUGGCAGCAUUUUACUGCAUUAGUGUGGACAAGUGUUUUGUCCAAUUAAGCAGGUCUAAGUGAUAAUAAAUGGACGCUAGAGGAAAAGCAGCUGAGGUGCGAUAAAGGUUAGAGGUGUAAAGGAGCAGGUUUAAACGGCUUAAAGGCUUUUAACUCUCAGAAACGAGGCUUUUCUCAACAUCCCUUGUGGCAGGAAGCUGUAACCGCAUUAACACGUGGAAGAAACAAUAAUAAAAGAGGAAUAGUUGAAGAACUUAA